UAUCAACCAGACGGAUAUGACGCCCGCAGCUACAAUUAUCAACCAGACGGAUAUGGCACCCGCAGCUAUAAUUCUCAUGGGAACGGAUAUGGCGCCCGCAGCUACAAUAAUUAUGGGAACGGAUAUGGCGCCCGCAGCUACAAUAAUUAUCAAAGGAACGGAUAUGGUGCCCGCGACGGAUAUCGCGGAUCCGGAUACAACAGCUAUAAAGUAUCUGGAUAUGGCCCAAGUGGAGACAACGGAUACACCAGUCAUUGAUUCAUCACGUGACCAACACCCUGCCGCGUGCACCGCCGGAUAUGACGACAUCGACCACCUGACCUGUGUUUAAAAACCGCUCUCACACCAUGCUUCUACUCUACAUUCUUCUGUUUAGACUAGUGCAAUUUAAAAUAGUUAUUUUUAAAAACUUAUUCUGUGCCACGCAACUUUCUAUCAGCAAUAAAGCAUUCGAAACUUCA